CCCGGCCGGAGGUUCCUGGCCAUUGCUGUGGCGGCCGGGUCCUCGAGUGGUGGGGGGCCAUGGCCACGGUCACGAUCACUGCCACUGGGGCGCGGGGCGACUGCAGCCACGGGGUCCUCACUCUGCUCUUCCUCCUGCUGCAGGUGGCACUGGACAGAGCAGAUGGCAGCUGUGACCUCGCUGACCAGUGCCCAUCUAGUGCCAGCUGGACCAGCCUGUGGUAUGUCUGGCUAAUCCUGUUGACGGUGUUCACGCUGCUUCUCUGCGGCAUCCUGGCCAGCUGCAUCAAGUUCUGCUGCCAGAGGAAGCGGCUGCCCGCGCAGACAACGUUCCCCCUCCCCAGGCGGCCCUACGACCUGACGGUCAUCACUGUGGACAAUGACAGCACCAUCCACAGCACGGUCACAUCUUACAGCUCUGUGCAGUACCCCCUGGGCCCACCCCUGCCACUUGCGUUUCGGGAGAUGGAGCCAGGCACGGUGUCCCCUCCGGCCUACAGCCUCUAUGCCUUGGAGCUGCCCCCAUCCUAUGAAGAAGCCAUUAAGAUGGCCAAGCCAGGCUUGGAAGGGGCUCCGCCCUCCCAGAAGGCCAGCUUGAGCCCAGAACAGCCUGAGCCCUGUGGCGACGUCCAGCCCAGGCAAGAGCCAGGGCCAAACCCAACUCCCUCCCCAGACCUUGCAGAGCCCCAGCCAUAGCCAGAGGGCAAGAGGGGCUUUGGAAAGAGCGGCCCCAGGAGCCUUGAGGAGCAGCCGAGAUAGGGGGUUGGUGGAUGCCGUCCUUGAUGUCCCCACCUCUGGCUUGGGGCCAGCUCGGCGAGCUUCACUCAGAAGGGGAUCUGGUGACACCCAUGGAGCAGGCCGGUAAAAAUAGCAGAUGGCCCUGACCAGCCCAAGCCUCCCUCCCCAGGGCGAGGAACAAAAUGUCCUGGGCUCCACUCACCUGACGUCAUUGGGAAGGAAGAGGGCACUCGGGCCCCCCACCUGGGAGCUGUUAGUUCUGGCCAGGUCAAGCCAGGCCAAAGAGGGGGAGGAGGGCCUGUCCGCCUGCAUCCUCACUCUCGGUAAGAGUCAUCUAGGAACCGUGUGGCUGUAACCACUGGCCAUGUGAUGGUCAAUCUGCAGAGACUGGGAAGGUGAAGAUCGCCCCAAGGGGAAGGGCCCAAGCCCUCUCCAGGGGCUCGAGGACUCUCUGGACAUCAGCAGAGACUUCCCUGGCUAGAAUGGAAAGGGGCAGCCUCCACCCCCUCCCAGGCUGGCCAGAUGUGUGUGUGAUGGGGUGGGGGGAAUGUGGAGUCUGGGUCCUAUCCCCUCUUCACGGGAUUUCAGAGCCAGAAGGGACCUUCAGACACCAUUUACUCUGACCCAGGCCUAAACAAGACUUUCCCCUACAAUGGACCCAACAGAUGGUCAUCUGGCCUUCAGUGAGAGCAUGGGGAGAACUCAUUCCCUCCGCAAAUCACCCAUUAAGUGACAGGAAGAUUUUCUUUGCAUUAAGACUAAAUGUUGUCUUUUUGUAACUUCUCCCCAUGGAUCUGUAGGCCAAACAUUGGCAAAUGUAAUCACCUUUCCAUGUGAUAGAGAUUCAGGUACUUGGGAAGUUCCCAUGGCCUCCCCUCCCCAUGCCAGAGUGCCCUUCUCCAGGCUAAAAGACUCCUUUUUCUUUGAUAGCCAUCCUCACGUGGAAUGGACUCGGGACCCUUCACCAUUCUGACCGCCAUCCUCUGGGCCCUUCCUUGGUCGUCUGGGCCUGAUGCUGUCCAGCACAGAGGUGGAGGUGGGGCUGCAGGGAGGUCCCUGAGGGUGGGGAGUGGGAGGAAGGAGCUCUUUAUGUCUCCUGGUUGAAUUAACUGCUCCAUUUUAGUCUGCUUUGAUUUCUGUGACUUUUUUCUUCGGGGAAAAAAUAAAGUUUUGAGGAUUUUUUCCUGUG